AUGCCACCAAAAAAAGGAACUGCUAAGACAACAACAUCAACUGAAAAUGAUACUGAUUCCAAGCAAAUUCAAAAAAAACAAGAUGAAGAAAAUCAGCAACCAACAGAAACUGAACAAUUAAGUCCAAAGAAAAAUUCCACUGAAUCAAAAAAAGCUGGAAAUAAUAAAGCUGCUGGUCGAUUACGAAAAAAAUCUGAAGCUGAAAAACUUCAAGAAGAAGCAUCUGGUUUUAUUGACCGAGCAAAUAAAAAAUCUGAAGUAGCUGAUGAUUCAACAGAAGAAGAUAAUGAUGAUGAACAACAAUCAUCAAAGAAAAAAUCGAAUACUUCUACUAAAGCAAUUGGAGCUCGUGGUGGUAAACGUCAAGCAGCUAAAAAUAUGCCUACACAUGAUGAAGAAGAAAAUGAAGAUGAAAAGGCAUCAUCGACUUCUACAAAAGCUCCAGCUAAAGGCAAAGGUGCUGCUCAAAAAAAUAAAAAACCAGAAGAAGAUGAACAAAAAGAUGCUGGUACUGGUGAAGAUGAUGACGCCGAAAAUGAAGAUGAAUCACCAAGUAAAAAAACUAAAGGUAAAGCAGGUCGUAAACCUGCUCAAAAGAAUAAAACCGAAGCUGAAAAUGAACAUGAACAAAAUGAAGAUAAUGAUACAAAGAAGAAAUCAGCUACUGCUCGUAAAGGAAAAGCUGGAGCAGCAUCAAAAAAAUCUGAAACUGAAGAAAAAUCAACAAAUGAUGAUCUUAAAUUAUCUGAAGAUGAAGA